AUGGACGACGCAACGCAGCCUUCGACUCAGCCGUACGCAGAUCCUAGACGAAGUGGGGUUCACAACUCAGGCCUAGACCAGCAAGAUGUCGCAGACAUCAUCUGUAUUUUGCACCCUAGCUCUAUCCACGCCCACAGAGCAGUUGCUGCCACUGCCAGGCGGGCUCCUCAGCACAUAUUGAAACAGCACCAUGAUCUUGAAUAUGAACCAGAUCCUAAUUUUCCUAUUGAGCAAAAUCAUGACAUUGCUCUUAGGUUUUCAUCAUACGUAAAAGACCUUGGUGCCGGGUUCUAUUUUGGGCGGAACUCUUCUCGUUGUGAUAUACUUAUCACUGCGGAUGAAAACGAAAAAAAGAUCUCGAAUAUGCACUUUCGAAUAUACAUCAAGACCGACGGCAUUAUAAUGCUCGAAGAUACCUCAACAAAUGGCACAGUCGUUGAUGAUAUACUAAUUCGGAAGGAUCGCAAGGACAACACUCCUACUACUCAGAUGCUUAUGUCUGGCUCCAUUAUCCAGGUUCUAGGUAGCGAAGUGAAUUCGGAGAUCAAGUUUAUUGUUCGCAUUCCUCCGCGAGACGAAUAUCAGGGGCUAUACCAUAGAAAUUUCGUCCAGUACCUCAACAAGAUCCGUAAUGUCACGAAAAAUGUUGGGGGGGAGAACGGCCGGGAGGUAUCCGAAUUUAUUAUUCCUCAGCAAAACUUCAAUUCUCAUGGUAUGCGAUGGAAUGGUGGCUCAAAAUACAAUGUCACUGGACAAAUAGGCAAAGGUGCCUUUGCCACUGUAUACAAACUGGCAACGAAAAACGAUGGCACUCUUUUUGCUUGCAAAGAACUCGACAAACGUCGUCUUAUGAAAAAUACUAUGCUAGAUCACAAAGUCGAUAGCGAGAUGAGGAUCAUGAGGGAUUUGGAGCACCCUAACAUUGUCCAAUUCCAUGACUAUCAUGACCACGAAAAUCGCUGGAUUUAUAUUAUCAUGGAGUAUGUUGGUGGUGGAGAGCUUUCUUCGCUCAUGUCUCAAAUGGGAAAGCUACCGGAAAGCAUGGUUCAAACCAUUGCGCGACAGAUCUUGCACGCGCUACACUAUCUCCACAGCAAAAGAAUCACACAUCGUGACAUCAAACCGGACAACAUUCUUAUAUCGUCCCUUGAUCCUGUCAGAGUCAAAUUAUCGGACUUUGGUUUGUCGAAAGUUGUACAAGAGGAGACUUUUCUGAAAACCUUUUGUGGAACUUUACUCUAUUGUGCGCCGGAGGUUUAUCCGGAAUACGAAGAUUAUAAAAAAAAGGAGGCUCGAAAGCGACGGCGAGUUGGUGAUCCCUUACCCAAGACCUCCCCAUAUAACCAAUCAGUAGAUAUGUGGUCGUUCGGUGCUGUUUUGUUUCAUAUUCUUUGCGGGGCUCCUCCUUAUAUGGGCCGUGCGGAUGACAGAGGCGCACAAAUGCUACAGAACAUAAUGACGACUGAUGCAAAUUACAACAAACUGCGCAGAGUUGGCGUCUCAGAAGCUGGAAUAGACUUUAUAUCCAGUCUUUUGAACCGAGAUCCACAAUCUAGGCCCAAAGAAUCACGUUGUUUCAAACAUCCCUGGCUCGUUAAUAUUCCAGAUGAAUUUGAUUACAUGGAGAUUGACGACGUAGAAGAAGAACAGGUGAACACUGACCUGAAGGCCAUAGCAGAGGCCAGUGAGCCUGAUUCCAGUGAAUAUGAACAGCUAAGUGCCUCUGGAAUCGAUUUACACGAUAUCACAGAUGACCCUUUCGCAGAAGAAAGUGAUCUUAACGACCCGUCUAUUUCGGACUUUACGAAUAUUAAAAGGCCAAGAGUGAAAGAGGAACAAGACGGUGAUCUAAUCGCCAUCCCUCUUCCUGAAAACAUUCCGUAUCCGUCUCUCCCAGAUAUUUCAAGCUAUAAUUUUGGGUCCAGUGCCGUUUUGGGGUCUACACCUACAGCAAAACGUCUUUUUGGCGAAAUACCUCGCUCAGCUCUGCAAAGCUCUGGUGUUCUCGGUGAUCUUCAAGUACGCAUGGAUGGGCCCCAAUUUCAGCGGGAUUUCGAGAGUGUACAUGAGAGCCAGUCCUCCAACAGUAAAUCGGAACCACUUGAGGACAGACUACACAAUGCGGCUCCAUCCAAAUAUCUACUCUCUGAAAUACCGCCAAAAUUCGGUAGAUCGACUUCAAGUUUACAAAGUGCCGAAUCACUUGCUGGGAAUGUGAACAUGGGCUCUUUUGGCGGUGUAUCUACCUCUCCAAAUAGUGACAAGGAAGAAAAAAAUGAAGUCUCAUACUACAGCGGGGAUGAUGUAGGAGAUAAAAGCUACGCUGACGUGGAAGAUAAUUUAGACUAUGGUGAGAAGCAUGCCAGACCUAGCCCAGUGCGCCGAGUAUUGACCCCCGGCCAAAGAAGCUCCUCCAGUGCAAGCUUGAGAGCACGAUUAUCCCGUAAUCUAUCCCUCCAAAAUGACCACCCGGGGGACGAAUCAUAUGAAGCAUCUUGGGAAGAGCUCGCCUGUACUAUUGACGAGCGGACGGGCCAAAGUGUCCGUCAGUCGGCAGAGUCCGACUCUCAUCAUGAACCGCAUUCCUCAGCUACUGUUGACCGCUAUUCCCAGUCAACGACAAAACCAGGAACAGACAGCCAAGUCACCGCUACAUCAGCAAAGCCUCCCACCAUUUUAGGAAAAUUAACUCCGAUACCCGGCUCAAUUACUGACCAGGUUAUUCACCUCCGUUCUCGAAUGACCUCCUGGGGCCGCGGGUCAGGCAAUACGAUUCGAUACCCCGACCGAAUGGAUGUCCGUAUUCCAGCAUAUGCUCUCGAAUUGACCUUCUGGGCGCCUGCUAUCGAGGCGCGAAUUGAUUCGGGGGAAGACUGGCUAACGGUCCCAGAUGUAGUCACGCUUGUGUCUACCAAAACGAGCAAACGCAUCUGGGUCAAUGACAUAGAGCUGCAGAGCGAGACUCCAGAUAGAAUGUCAUACCUCUUUGGAAGAGUCUAUACUGGCGAUAUUAUCACUGUCUAUGGCAAUCACGAGGAGUUCCUAAAGUAUAAAUGUGAAUUUUUCUACGGGGACAGUACCCAAUCGCGACCCAAAGAGGAAGACGGGUUCAUUAUUCAAACGACGAAGAAGGCUCGCAGCGAUACUGCCUCGAAAGGUGCUGCAAGUGUGACAGCAUCCACAGCUACCGGAAAAAACAUAGAAAACGGCGUCUUCAGCGACCACAAUGCUUGA